AUGCCGAUAUCAGCUCUACCUCAACCCACCGUCCGUCAUCUUGGCUCCUCGGUCGUCAUCACUAAGCCUUGCGACGUGGCCAAGGAGCUCCUUGACAAUGCCAUCGAUGCCGGAGCUAGCUUUGUUGAGGUUGUAGUUUCUCCCAAUUAUCUCGAUACAAUACGAGUGCGUGACGAUGGCCAUGGAAUCGAUGUUGAAGAUUUUGAUGCUCUCGGCCGACAUGCUCAUACCAGCAAGUUGAGAGCGUUCGAAGAGCUUGGGUCGAGAGCCAGGGAGACUCUUGGUUUUCGCGGCGAGGCCCUUGCGGCUAUGAAUACUCUGGCUGCUAUCACCAUCACGACUCGAACGGCCAAAGAUGUUGUAGCGACUCGUUUGCAGCUCAAGCCUGUCGCUGGAGGCGUUGAUAACAGACAACCGGUAUCGGCUCCCGUUGGCACAACCGUUCAUAUCACCAAGCUUUUCGAAACUCUGCCUCCCAGAAAACAAUAUUGUUUGAAGAACAGCGCCAAGUACAUACAAUCUACGAAAGAUCUCCUGAAAGCUUACGCCCUAGCCCGACCUGACCUUAGACUGUCAUUCAAGGUUCUUGGAGAGACCACUCACUGCUGGUCAUAUGCCCCAGUUUGCGCCGGAGGAGUGAAAGAGGCCGCUAUACAGAUAUUUGGAACUUCCUUGGCCAAUAAUUGCGUCCAUGUGUCUCGCAAUUCAGGAUGCGAUCAAACAGCAUCUAAUCAACUCAACCAACAAAUACCCGAAGAUUUCAUAUUGGAAGCAUUUAUCCCCAAGCCUGGUUUUGAUGUCCAAGCUGUCAAGGGAAAGGGAUUUUAUUUAUCCAUUGACUCAAGGCCGAUCUCGUCUAAGGACGCCAUUGCUAAAAAGAUCACAACCAUUUACAAAUCAUAUCUGAACCGGGCGGCUGGCACCGGAGAGCCUUGUGCUAACAUACCUAACCCCUUCGUACAGCUCGAUAUUCGGUGUCCCCCUUACAGUUAUGAUGCCAAUGUGACACCGCUAAAGGAUGAAGUUGUGUUUGGGAACGAAGAUACGAUUACGGCCUGUUUUGAGGGACUUUGUCGGAGAAUAUACCCUCAAAGAUCCAGCAAUGUUUCUGUCACAAACCAGAGAACUUUAGGGCACGAGAAGGAUAUUGAGACAUUGAGAGAAGGUAAAGCUGGAAGUGAUGGCAUCCGGUCAUACUUGGUGAUCGAUGAUGUGUCCCAUACUCGGACCCCAGACUCUUCUUCGAAUCCCCAGCCGCUGGGCAAUGUACAACAACUGACCGCGGCCCAGGGAACAGCAAACAGAGACCAAACAACUAAUCAAGAAAACAUACCUUCGCUGCUGUCCCACGAAUCUUGCACACAAAGCGCAACCUCGUCAGCCAGAAUGAGAACAUCAAAAAUUGUAAACAUGUCACGGACCAACAGCAAUUCUACUGAUGAGGAUGGCACUGCCAACAGCGUCGAUAUACAGGUGCCCUUAUCGCUCAUGACAGCAACCGUUAUCCCCUCUAGCAAACGGGCUAGCGGGAGCUUACGAAUCCCCAAGAUGUCUGCAUCAGAGAAUAUCGAAAGAUAUCUCCUCUCAAGCAAAAAUGAAACCUUCCAGAUAGCGACGGAUGAAACAGCCACCAAGAGAACCUACCCAUCUUCCGUGACUUCAACAUCGCCUGCGAAGCUCCCCGACCGCAUACCUCUUCAGCCUUUGACUGAGUCCAUGUUAAAUGCGAUGAAUGGCAUAGCAGAUUCGGAAUCUGACACUUUAAGUGGUGGAUCUGAUAUAUCAGAACCGUCGAGAAGUGUUGCGGAGUGGCCAACACCUCCUUCAUCUGGCAACUUACGAAGCGCGAGACCAUUUAAUUCCCCAUUCAGACCUCCACUUGGGGCUGCACAAAGAGACAGCCCAGCUAGUAAUACCGCGUAUACACGGUCACGGCUGAGGGCCCCGGAGAGCGGCAGAGUAAUACCAUUUACUUUGCCAGGGCAAACCCGUAUCCAGCGGCCAGCCGCACUUGGACGGACUGCCCAACGGACGGGCUUGCUGGGAACCCCUAUGUCUGAUACAGGUAUAGGAGUGACUCACCUUCAGCUACACCCCCAAAGAGUACAUGGGUUGAGCCUCCAGGGAGACAACAUGGGCCAGAACUUGACACAAGAUCCUGAACUAGCAUCACGGCCGGAUACCCGAGAUGAUGUCUCACAGCCGUAUCUCUCCUUGCAUGGACCGGGUCAGUACUCGCAUAUUACGCAGACUCCCUCAAUGAGAAUUCUACCCCCCAGUGUCACAGCUCAAAAUGAUCCGAGUGCUGGCAACAGUGUCUCAAUGGUUCAGAUGCCGGAUGCUAUAUCAUCCACCUCCUUAGUUCGCGAUGGACCACGGGAUAUUACGCCUCAUGGCAAUACGAAUGACAACACGGAAGACCCGAGGCUUUAUCUUAUCAAGCGGCGACGUUCACAGGCAAGACAUGGCAUUGCGAGACGACUCUCUUCUCGUCGGCUUCCCCUUGAAGUAAUUCCCCAUCACUUGACGAUGCAGAACACUUCCACUUCGCUCGCGCCUUCCCUGAGAAAGGUUAAGUUAUUGGCGCGACGAGUUCGUUUGCUGGACUAUGGCUCCAUACACGGUAAUUGGGGACACGCCGUAGAGUUUAAAAGCAUGGAGGAGGUUACCAAGCUGGAAAAUCGUCUCCAGCAUGCUGUGGAAGCGUGGAAACAAAGUCUGAACAAGGCUGUUGAAGUGGAAUAUAAGCUACGGUCAGUAGCAAAGGGCAAA